AUGGCCACCGAUAAAAUUGCAGUAGUUAAAAGAUAUAUUCAAUUAGCAAAUGAACAUAAUUUAGACGAAAUCUAUAAACUAUUCGAUGAUAAUUUAAUGGUAAACUAUUUACAUUCACGAAAAACAGAAUAUUUUGCAUUAAAUGAAAUUAAAGAAUUAUAUAGAAAAUUUUUUAAUGAAUUUAUACCUGAUAUAAAAUGGGACAUUACAUCGGAUUUUAAAACUGAUAAUAAUUUUACAAUUAGUGAUUUAGUAAAAGAUAAAAGUUCAUAUAAACAAGGUGAUGCAGUUGUAUUUAAUGCUAAACGUGUAACAAAACAAAAACCAGAAUUAAAUGAUAUAUGUAGUACAGAAUGGGUUUGUGUUAAUGAUGAAGGUGAAGCAUUAGCGAUACACACUGUAAAACAUGUUGUGCUGCACGUGGAAACCAAACAUUGUAAACUAACUAAUAUCUACGGUCCAGCCGAAUGCUCUGUCAAUACUACAAUAUUUCACAUGAGUCCGUCUUACAUUCAUGAUGCAGCAACAGAAGCAGCAGUGAUAUAUUAUUCCAUACCUAUAGGUCGACCAUUAAGAAAUUAUAAGUGCUGCAUCUUGGACGAGUAUUUGCAAGAAGUUGUCCUUAAUCAAAUAGGUGAACUUUACAUUGGCGGUUGUUGUGUAUUUUCUGGUUAUCUGAAUCAACCGGAGUUAACUGCAGAAGUAUUAGCAGAACUGUCACCUCAUCCUCCCCUUGGGAGUGAUAAUAAAUCAAAACGGUACUAUUACAAAAGUGGUGAUUUAGUAAAGUUAAAUAAAGAUGGUGACAUAGUGUUUAUUGGUGGAAAAGAUUUUCAAAUCAAACUGAGAGGACAACGAAUUGAUGUAGAUAAAAUUGAAAGUAUAAUAAUGAAUUCAUUGGAAAAUUGGCAGGUUCAGAAUUGUAUCGUUAAGAAAGUAAGAGAUGAACUUCGUCAAGAAGACUAUUUAGUAGCCUAUGUACACCCCGUGAAUAACGAAUUAGAAGAACAUGUAAAUGAGAAACACAUUAAGAACUACUGUCACCAACGUUUACCUGCGUAUAUGGUACCUUCCUACUUUGUUCUAAUGGAUCAAUUUCCUUUGAAUCAAAAUGAUAUAGUGGAUCGAAAGGAAUUGUCACUACCUGAUUUUAGUCGAAGGACACUGAUGGCCUACAGCCAAGAAGUGAAUUAG